GGGCAGCUUAAUAGAGGGACACACGUCUCCAUUGUUCCUGAUUUGCUACGCCCUUGUAUACAGUUAUACUCUUGUGAUAAAAACUGGGUUUGUUUUCCUUCCGAAAGAUCAUACUUUUAUAGAUUUUUGUAUGAUCAUUUUGAAUAAUCAAUAUAAUCUGAUCUUUUCAUCAAUUAAUUAUUGCAUUUAGUUAAGUUAAAACACGUUAGUUUAUUCUUCACUAUUUUUUCUAGAUCAGAUUUUGAACAUACACAAAUGUAUUGUUUUGGUAUAGACCUACUUAUCUUAAAACAAGGAGUUUGAUUUAUAUUGACUUCUUAUAAAUGAUAUACAUGUAUAUUUUAAAUGUAAUUUUAGAUUCUUUUUCGUUGUUUUUUUUUUUUAUCAUCAUAAUAUAUUUCAUAUUUUAUGUAGAUUUAUUUAUCUAGAAAUCAUUUAACACUUAAAUUAUGUGCAAUGGUCUCUCUCUGUCUGUCUGUCUGUCUGUCUGUCUCUCUCUCUCUCUGCUACGUUUAAGACACAUAUUAGACAAAUACGUUAUCUUAACUGAAGUUGAUUUUUAUAUAUGCUAUAGAUUUGGAUUUAUAUGCAAUUUAAAUCUUCAUUAGAUAUGCAUCAAGAUUGAUCGAGUAUACAUCAAGAUUUCCGGAUAUGAAUAAUGAGGAAACUACUACAGUGUAUGUGAAUUUUAUAUGAAACUAGAGAUUCACUAUCGCCCUAUAUGGAAUUUACUGACCCCGUAUAUUUCAAAUCUUCUCAACUACAAACGAUGUAACCAAUGGUAUCCCCAUUAUAAACAUAUCAACUCUACGGGAGUUCAGCAUCAAAUUUUGGAUGGCUGGGAGUUUUAAAAACGGUUGCACUUAAGCUGUCAAAAAAAAAAAUGCAAUAGUUAUUUUAAAAAAAACAACAACAAAAAACAAACAAACAAACAAACAAACUCCAUAUUUCACAAACAUGGAGAUGAAUCCUAGUAAUUAUCUCAAGAGAGAGGAGAUAUAUGUUGAUGCGUGUCAAUAUAAGAAUACCGGGGGGGGGGGGGGGGGGGGGGUAUGUAUAUAUACAGCGUGAAGUAUGCUAUAGAACGCACGAUCUUUCACGUGGGAAUUCAUGGGUUCAAACCCAGCUCGUUCCUCGACCGCUGCACACACUCACUUCAAUAUCAACAUAGCACCGUUAUCAGCCAUCAGGCAACUUUGUAAACAAACUUGUGGCGGAUCUAGAGGGGUUGACGGAGGUUGCACUCCCAUCCCCCACCCUAUCCUCUUUAUUUUUUUUCUGGAUCCGCCACUGGAAACGAACCAAAAGAAAUUAACAAUGUACAUUUGGCUUUCGGGAUCGCUUGAUGAAGUUCUAAAUCAUGGUAAUGUUAAACAUUGACACUUCAUAUUAUAUAAAUAUUGGAAUUGAAAAUAUUUAAACUCCCAGACGUUAAAGAAACAUAAUGUUGACUUUUGAAACCUUUCAACCCUCUCUAAAACCAGUUUAAAUUACAUCCGAAUGAUUCUUUCCGCUCUUCAAAAACGGGACCAAUCAUGCACAAAAUCUGACUUUUCAUUUGACGGACAAUGGUACUUAGCAGGUAACAGUAUAUAUUUACCGAUUUUAAUUCAAUAGAAAGGGAAACAAUGCAUCAUUCUAAUUAUAUUUAAUUUUGGUAAACACGCACCCUGUUAUACCCCCCCCCCCUUUCUUUUCAACAUCAAUGAAAGCUAUAUAGCCGGACGCGCGGCGGGUUGGAUGAGGUAGAAUGGAUGCGAAAUGACCCGGUUAAAUUGUGUGAUUUAAAGAUCAAUACGGCCUACUUAAUUGCUAUAAAAUAUGAAACUGUGUAUUUGUAUAAAGCUUCCACUCCAAUAUGUCGAAUGACAUUUAAAGUACAGUUAAGUAAUAUACUUUUAGCUCGAACAAAUUCAAUACUUUACCCGGCCCAUUUUUAGUUUAAAUGUGAUUUAUUGCAAACAUUCAAAGUAUCGGUUUCAAGAUUUUCCAAUCUCUGUCAGUGAUAAUACAUACGGUAUAAUCUUAAUUGUUUUUAGGGUUCGUCGUUUUGGACUAGUUUCAAUACACAACAUGGCUUAAUCGGAAAUCUAAAACCGAGCACGGUCCGUGGUUCCGAAUGGCGAUCUGCUUUGUUACUGACAACAUCGGGAAUUCACUUGUCACUGCGCGCCGGUUUAAGAAAGAAGCGAACACGACUUUUAAAGAAGUGAAUUUUUGAAUGAGCGAAGAAGGAAUUAAAACUCUGAUUAAAAGGAAUUAACAGGGAGGAAAGAAAAAUGGACGAUUUGAUUACGAUCGGAAAUUUAAAUGAGCACCGAGUGAAUUAAUCCCCGCUAUAGUUACGGAACGUACAAGAGGUCGACACUGCACAUAUUUUAUGGAAGAAAUCGGAACAGUCCAACGAUGUAAAUUGAUAUUUAAUUAACGUGAUUGUGGAUAAUUGAACGAAGAUGACGUAGGCGAAUACGAGUGUUUAUUCCUCAUUUAGAUUUCUCCUUACGAUUGGAUAUGCCAUGAAAGUGUGAGAAGAACGUAGUUAGCGACACGGCUUAGAAACAUGCGGCUCUUCCAGGCCCAAGUUUCCAUGGAGGAUUUUGAGCCCCCACCCCCGUUUCUGAAGGACCCCACACGAGACAAUUUGAAGCACAUCACCCAGUUUAGGGACGGGAGACACCGCGUGGCGACUCCCGAGAAAGUGGCUAUUAUGGAACUGUCCACGAGUUUUGAGAAGAGACGACUCGGGAAACAGCAACAGAUACUAUCGGAAAUGAACCAGCGGUGUCGUGAACAAGAAGUGGCGGAUCUGUCUUCUAAACUAUCCAAUAAGUGUGUGUUAGAAUCGGAGAGGGGCGCCGGCGCGCGGUCCCGUGAAAUCACGUAUUAUUCAACAACUUUUAUGAUGCAGAAACCGAAAAUAAGUGCAGACGACUCAGAUUGUGCUACUAAAUGCGACUCCCCCGCUACCACCCCUCUCCCGUUCUUUGAGAAAACGUACAAACAUUUUCCAGCGAGGAAAAUUAUAAAACAUCAAGGGAAAUUUGAGUUGAUUCCCAAAACCAGUCGAGCCUCGCCAAUCAGAACCCCGCGGAUUGACCCUAGUCCCGUCAAGGCUCUGAUUUCCCAAGCCAUGAGCGAACCCUACCGGAAGGUGAAAUUGUUAAAUUCUCAGCGAAUAAACGGACCCGUUCAACUCAAUCAUUAUAUUAACCCCAAACAGGACCAGUUAGCUCCCUUAGUAUUACCGAAUAUUGACACCUCAGUGCAAGAUAAAAUCGAUGCUUUCUCCACAACCCGAGUCCAUCUGGGUACUCGAUCGAAGACAGUGGGAGUUGAGGGCCAGUUGAACGGUCCAGUCAACAGCAAAGCGAGUCAGAAAUCCCAGAAAAGGGCGUCUCCCGAAAAGGAGGGGCCAACCUCGAACGGACUGUCCGAAUCUCAACAUGUCGAUCCGGUGGGGGGACACACCCCACCCCCUAAUUCUACAGAACCUCCCGUAGAAAUUCAGGCGCAAUGAUACCCUCUACAAUAUAUACUCGUUUACUGAUGUUCAUACACUAAAAGUGUGACAGCUGCCUGUAUACCUUUGUUUUGAAUUUUCUUCAUGGUUGUGAUGAAAUCUCUACAUGCAUACUUCAGUUUUAUUUUUCUACUUAGCUUACAAGAUUAAGUUUGGGAAAACAAUAGUGUUGAUCCGUUGAAAAGUUCGCACGUCUCCGCGAUUCGGCAGGAUUAUAGAUUAGAGUGGGAUUUCAUCGCAGCGUAUUGCAGUGCUUUGGGCAUCAGUCCAAACAAAAAAAUGUGCAUUCAAUGCAGAAGGCGAUGUUUUGGCCCCGACACAAUGAACAAAGUGUUGAUGAAAAACACAAACUUGAUUAAAACCCAACGUUUAAUGUGCACAGGGUUGAAAAUUUGUAUUAAGUAGUUUGACAGCAAAGUUCUUGAAGAAUUUUCAUCACGGAUUUAAAUGCCUUUGUGACCGCUCGCGUCAAUUAUUGUCAUUCCAUAUCAACAUAUUGUCUGAGGGAACACUUUAUCUGACUCGCCGCACAGCGGGAGAGCCCGCCAUUUCCAUACUGACGUCUGCUACUACAGCGAGAAGUUCUGGACAAGUCGGAAUGUUUACUAAUUGUUUGUUAAGUUUAUAUACCGAUAAACAAAGACACAAAUAGAUAAGUAGGGACUGGAAUUGAGUGAGCAAUUUUAUCAAAUUAUCGAUUCUAGUCCUUGAGAUAUACCCCCGUAAAGUACAUAAUAAUAUUCCAGCCAAUGAUUUUAGUUGAAAAUGAUAUACAAACAUUGUAGGUGUAAAUGUCUAGCAGUAAUUAAUCCAAUCAGUGUAUACUAUCAUCCUAUCAACAGUACAGAAAUUACCCUCAUUUUUAAUUCAUUUUCCACUUCUAUCCGGAUUUUAUAUUUUAUACCCGACACCAACAGUUUUGGAGUUCUCGCUCUGAACAGUAUUGAGAAUGACGUGCACCUCUUUAUUUCUGACACGUGGAUUCGGCAUCGGAUACAAUCCAAUACAAACGUGCAUGUGAUAAUUUUCCUAAUUAUAUAAGUUUCAGGACAUGAGUACUAAACUACUAUAGGAUGGAAGGUUGAUGAAGGUCUCGAGAUGUAUCUUGUAUUUAUUUAAAAUGUAAUAAAAUACAUAAAACAAAC